UCUACAUAUAUCCACGUGUCGACAUGCAACUGGUCUAUAACAUGUUGUUGAAAUAAGCAUGCAGCCACAUAAACAAGUUCCUUAUUAUUGAGGGGGCUAUCACUUUCUCUCUCUUCUAUUCUAUAUAGCCAAAACCAAGCAGCAUUAUAAUACAAGAAGACACAGGAAAUAGGGAAGCAAAAUACUAUAAACACUUUCAGAGUGGAAAAAGUAAAAAGAGUUUAUAUAAUUUUUUGCUAAUUAAUUAAGGUUUGAGUUUUACAUUGAGAAGCCAAAAAUGGCUACUUUGAUUGGAAAGGAGAGUGGUUUGAACUUGAAGGAGACAGAGCUUUGCCUUGGUUUGCCCGGUGGUGGUGGUUCUGGUUCUGAGGUGGAAACUCAAAGAGCUGCUGGAAAGAGAGGUUUUUCUGAGACAGUUGAUCUGAAGCUGAAUCUUCAAUCCAACAAGGAAGAUCUGAAUGACAAUUCUAAGAAUGUUUCCAAGGACAAGACUCUCCUUAAGGACCCUGCCAAGCCACCUGCUAAGGCACAAGUAGUUGGUUGGCCACCAGUGAGGUCAUACAGGAAGAACAUGAUGGCACAAAAGGUUAACAAUAGUGAUCAGGAUGGCAAUGAGAAGACAACAAGUAGCACUACUGCUGGUACAUUUGUCAAGGUUUCCAUGGAUGGAGCACCUUACCUUCGUAAGGUUGACUUGACAAUGUAUAAUACCUACAAAGAUUUAUCCGAUGCCUUAGCCAAAAUGUUCAGCUCCUUCACCACUGGUAAGUAUGGGGCCCAAGGAAUGAUAGACUUCAUGAAUGAGAGCAAGUUGAUGGAUCUUCUUAACAGCUCUGAGUAUGUGCCAACCUAUGAAGAUAAGGAUGGCGACUGGAUGCUCGUGGGAGAUGUCCCAUGGGAGAUGUUUGUUGAAUCAUGCAAGCGCCUGCGAAUAAUGAAAGGAUCGGAAGCAAUUGGCCUUGCACCAAGAGCCAUGGAGAAAUGCAAAAACCGAAGCUGAAGCUGUUCUAAAUCAUAUCCUAUAUCAAAGUCCCAUAACAAAGUGGACCUAUAAGAAAAGAUAUAUGAUGAUCAAGCACUUCUUCCUCUCAUGGAGUGUUGUGAUAGUUUGGAUGUGUCAUGUGUUUUUGUUUUGUUCGUAUAUAGAUUCAAACUUUAAUUUAAAGUAUUUUGUAAUAUUGGACAAGAAGCAAUAAACUUAUAACCUAUAUACUAUAGUUUGCCUUGUUUAUUUAUGUGAUUGCUUCCAAGCUGUCGUGUUUGUUGUGUGCUAAAUAUAUACACUUUGAAUUUUAAUGCAUAUUUUAUUCCCUUAA